UCUGCUCUCACCUCAAAGUCUGCUCUUCACCUCAGACUCUGCUCUCACUUCAAACUCUGCUCUCACCUCAAACUUUGCUCCCUGAUCCACUCAUACUUACCUCAGACUCCAGUACUCACUUCAAGAACUGCUCCCUAGGCGUCGCUCCAGUACUCACUAAAUUACAAUGCUAAACACAAUUACGAACGCAUUCGUGAAGGGGCUACACAACGAUGACCUCAGGCGCCAAGCACUGCAUAAGGAGCGGCAACGCCACCCCGGACAACAUGCCCACAAUCUCCUACAAUGACUUGUUCUCGAGUGACAAUUCUGGCGCUCCUACUCCGAGCUCAGGAAGUUCCGCCGUAGCAAACAACAUUGAGUUGGGCUCAUCUGGCUACUGCGUAGGUGCACACGGCACCGUCAUAGACACAUUCAUAGCACAGGCCAAAAAGUGUAAGCGUACGAACAAGGGUGAUUCAGAGGUGGGAGAGAUGGAGACUCGUGCCGCCUCUAGCUCGAAGAAGGCACCAAAGAAGGAGGGUGUUGGAAAGGCAGUCCGACGGCUCCGUCAAAUUGCAGGCAAAGAAGGCCUGGGCCCAAGGGACUACAAGGAACUGGCCAAGCGCUUGACUUGCGAGAUGAACCUCCUGGAUCUCAUGCAGAUUUCACCCGACGCCCGUACCGCGUUGAGGGAGCUAGGGAUGCCGGUCAAGGUUGCGAAGACAAAGAGCUCCGAGAAAGCUGAGAAGACCUCACCUCCUGCCGAGGCUACGCAAAGCCAAACCCAAAAAUCUAGUAGCUCUACGGUAGAUGUGAGACUUGCCAAGGUAGACUCCGUUGAAAAGGAAGUGCCGAUCCUCACCGUAGGCACCCCCAUCGUGCUAUCUAUCCAUCCGGACGACAAAGCAUUCAAAGUCCCGGUCACGUUCAAGGUACGCUACUAGGGCAAGGAUACAAAAGUCGCCAUACCACUAGGCAUGUCGGCCACGGACCAAGGUUCCGAUAUCAACCUAAUCACCAACCCGCUACGAAAGGCUAUGGGCUUCCCAGCAAUUGA